CCGCCCCUGGGGCGGGCCCAGUGCGUGGCAGAGGGACCGCCUGCCCCGUCGCGAAGUUUCCAGUUCUGGGAUCCUCCAGGUCGGCUGAUCGUCCCAGUCCCCGGCCAUGCGGCCCCUGCUGCUCCUGGCCCCGCUGGGCUGGUUGCUCCUGGCCGAAGCGAGAGGCGACACCAAGCCGGAGGACAACCUCUUAGUCCUCACAGUGGCCACUAAGGAGACUGAGGGCUUCCGCCGCUUCAAGCGCUCAGCACAGUUCUUCAACUACAAGAUCCAGGCACUUGGCCUGGGAGAGGACUGGAAGGUGGAGAAGGGGAUAUCAGCAGGUGGAGGGCAGAAGGUCCGGCUGCUGAAGAAAGCUCUGGAGAAGCACGCAGACAAGGAGGACCUGGUCAUUCUCUUCACCGACAGCUACGACGUGCUGUUUGCAUCAGGCCCCCGGGAGCUCCUGAAGAAGUUCCGGCAGGCCAGGAGCCAGGUGGUCUUCUCGGCCGAGGAGCUCAUCUACCCAGAUCGCAGGCUGGAGGUCAAGUAUCCGGUGGUGUCCGAUGGCAAGAGGUUCCUGGGGUCUGGAGGCUUCAUUGGUUAUGCUCCCAGCCUCAGCAAACUGGUGGCCGAGUGGGAGGGCCACGACAGCGACAGCGAUCAGCUCUUUUACACCAAGAUCUUUUUGGAUCCAGAGAAGAGGGAGCAGAUCAAUAUCACCCUGGACCACCGCUGCCGUAUCUUCCAGAACUUGGAUGGAGCCUUGGAUGAGGUUGUGCUCAAGUUUGAAAUGGGCCACGUGAGGGCACGGAACCUGGCCUAUGACACCCUCCCGGUCCUGAUCCAUGGCAAUGGGCCCACCAAGCUGCAGCUGAACUACCUGGGCAACUAUAUCCCACGCUUCUGGACCUUCGAGACGGGCUGCACUGUGUGUGACGAGGGCCUGCGCAGCCUCAAGGGCCUUGGGGAUGACGCUCUGCCCCUAGUCCUGGUUGGUGUGUUCAUCGAGCAGCCCACGCCGUUCCUGUCCCUGUUCUUCCGGCGGCUCCUGCACCUCCACUAUCCCCGAAAUCGGAUGCGGCUUUUCAUUCACAACCAUGAGAAGCACCACAAGGCUCAGGUGGAAAAGUUCCUGGCAGAGCACGGCAGUGAGUACCAGUCCGUGAAACUGGUGGGCCCUGAGGUGCGCGUGGAGAAUGCAGAUGCCAGGAACAUGGGCGCGGGCUCCUGGGCAGGGCUGAGCAGCCACAGUGCUCCCUUCCUCAGGAACGUCAUUGCUCCACUGAUGACCCGCCAUGGGAGGCUGUGGUCGAACUUCUGGGGAGCCCUGAGUGCGGAUGGCUACUACGCCCGCUCUGAGGACUACGUGGACAUUGUGCAGGGGCGGCGUGUUGGUGUCUGGAAUGUGCCCUAUAUCUCGAACAUCUACUUGAUCAAGGGCAGCGCCCUGCGAGCUGAGCUGCAGUCCACUGACCUGUUCCACCACAGCAAGCUGGACCCUGACAUGGCCUUCUGUGCCAAUGUCCGGCAACAGGACGUGUUCAUGUUCCUGACCAACCGGCACACCUUUGGACACCUGCUGUCCCUGGACAGCUACCAGACCACCCACCUCCACAACGACCUCUGGGAAGUGUUCAGCAACCCCGAGGACUGGAAGGAGAAGUACAUCCACGAGAACUAUACCAAGGCCCUGGCGGGGAAGCUGGUGGAGACGCCUUGCCCGGAUGUCUACUGGUUCCCUAUCUUCACGGAGGAGGCCUGUGACGAGCUGGUGGAAGAGAUGGAACACUAUGGCCAGUGGUCUCUAGGUGACAACAAGGACAACCGCAUCCAGGGUGGCUACGAAAACGUGCCAACCAUCGACAUCCACAUGAACCAGAUCAGCUUUGAGAGAGAGUGGCACAAGUUCCUGGUGGAGUACAUCGCCCCCAUGACCGAGAAGCUCUACCCCGGCUACUACACCAGGGCCCAGUUUGAUCUGGCCUUUGUCGUCCGCUACAAGCCCGACGAGCAGCCCUCACUGGUCCCGCACCACGAUGCCUCCACCUUCACCAUCAACAUUGCUCUGAACCGGGUCGGGGUGGAUUACGAGGGUGGGGGCUGCCGGUUCCUGCGCUACAACUGCUCCGUCCGAGCCCCGAGAAAGGGCUGGACCCUCAUGCACCCCGGGAGACUCACGCAUUACCACGAAGGGCUCGCCACCACCAAGGGCACCCGCUACAUCGCCGUCUCCUUCGUUGAUCCCUAGUUGGCCAGACCCAGCCUGCCUCCUCCGACCGUUCCUCUUUGUCGACAACCACUGCCCAGCAGCCUCUGGGGCCUAAGGGUCCCAGGGAACCCGGUCCAACCUCCAGGCUCUUGACUUCCUGUUGCUCCGGGAACUGCCAGUCGGAGAGAUUCGCCUAGGCCAGAGGCGGAGCAGAACUCCGGGCUGGGGCUUCCAGUGGUGCUCUGGACCUGCCCCUGGAGACGCUGUUCACUUUCACUGCUUUAUAGUGAUUUAUUCUCCUCCACCCUUGUCCCUGAAAAACUGAGUCCUCUUUCCUCCACUUCCAUGGGAUGAGACUUGAACAGAAUAGGAACUUCCCAAGCUGCCUAGAGACUCUAGGGGCGAGGACCCAUGUCUCAGUGCCUCUGUCAGGCAGAACUGCACCACAGAGACUUCUGCUUCAAGUUUUGGGGGAAAGAGACCUGGGUCAGGCUGAGGUUCCCAUGCAGAGCCUGGGACCACUGACGCGCCUUCCUCAUGGCUCUUGUCAUGAGAACAAACCAGCAUCCCCCGGAGACAGUGAAUUCAGCAAACCUCCUGGGAGACAGAAAAGGCAUCUAUGCCACAGCUCAGCCCUCCACUUGCUGGGGAGGAGGGGAGUGACAUGUCCACACACUGCACUGGGUCACCCUGUCCCAGAUGCUUCCAGAGAGAGGGACAGACAGUCAGAAACAGGAGUGUUUCUAUUAAAGGUUAUUCAAACCAUGGA